AUGAGCAAGAGGACGCCACCCUCGCUCCAGCAUCUCGCCAUGCAGAGUCUGCUGAGUCAACCGGCCCUGGCCAUCUCCGCCUUGGAGGAGCUACCAGUGCUGCUGUUCCCGUCCAUCUUCAUGGAAGCCUAUACUGGAGGCCACAGAGAGGUGCUGAAGGCCAUGGUGCAGGCUUGGCCCUUCCCCUGCCUCCCCCUGGGGGACCUGGCACAGUCACCACACCCACGAACCUUCAAGGCUGUCCUGGAUGGGCUCAAUCUGCUACUUGCCAAGAAGGAGCGGCCCAGUCGCUGGAAACUGCAAGUGCUUGGUCUGCAGAAAGAGCAUCCGAACGUCUGGACACGGGGGUACACGGCCGUGGCCCAAAUCUCCUAUCCAGACAUCCUGACUGAGACGCCAACAGUGAGUUGCUGUUCAGAGAUGACAGAAGAGCAGCCAUUGAAGAUAGUAAUGGAUCUGACCAUUAAACAUGGUGCCCGUUACUCACUCCAAUCUUACCUGCUCAAUUGGGCCCACAAGAGGAAAGCACGAGUCCAGCUGUGCUCAAGGCAGUUGAAGCUUCUGUCUGACUCCUUCCCUGAAAUCCAAAAGGUUCUGGAGAUACUGAGGCUAGACUUUGUCCAGGAGUUGGUGGUCAGUGAAUUCUGGAGUCCACAUACCAUGCAAGUAUGUGCUCCUUAUCUGAGCUGGAUGAGAAACCUUCGCCGCCUGAAGAUUUCCAACACGUUUGACCAUAUGUAUACUGUUGAAAGGCAGAGUCCAUACUGUGCCUGGAAGUUCAAGGCCCGCUAUUGGCAUCUUCCCCAUGUCAAUCAGCUUCAUAUGGAAACCAUCAUGUUCCAUCCUGAAAACCUGCUGUCCAUCCUUAGGAGCCUGGGGCCACUGAAGACCUUCUCGCUGCAUAUGUGUUCCCUGGGGGAGGCGGACUUGGAGUCUCUGUCCCAGAGUCCUCACACUGGACAGCUCCAGCACCUGCUUCUCAGGCAUUCAUCCCUGGGGGGCUUCAGACCUGAGUCCCUGAGGGACCUGCUGGGGUUCCUGGCCUGCACCCUGGAGACCCUGGCCCUGGACCUCUGUGACCUGACUGAUGCCCAGCUCUCUGCCAUCCUGCCUGUCCUGAGCCAGUGCUCCCAGCUCCGCUUCAUCAGUUUCUAUGGCAACCCUAUCUCCUUGGCCGCCCUCCAGGAUCUCCUGAGCCUCACGGCCAGGAUGGGCCAUUUGAAAAGGGGGCUCUAUCCUGCCCCUCUGGAGAGCUACGAAGACCCAGAUGAUGGUGACCCAGAGGAUAUUGACCCUGAGAGAUUCGAAGAAGUUCUGGCUAAGUUGGCACUGGCAUUGAGAGAAAUGACGCCAACCCACAAGGUCCACAUUGGUACCGAGUAUUUUCAUGAAUGGAGUAAGUACCAAUCCUAUCGCCUGGAGCCUGAUGGAUCUUGGCUGGCCACCGAGGAGAGCCUCAUUGGCCUUUCAGAUCUGCCUGUGUAG